AUGGGCCGCUCGCGUGUUCUUUCGUUUAUAUCAACGUUCGGUGCCCCUAAAAACAAUGACUCCGCAAAGGAAAAUCGCAAAGAGAAUCGUAAGUCGUCUAGCAAUGUGACGCCGACUCAGACUCCGCCACGGUGGCAGACUCCCUCGCCAGACACACCCUCCCCUCCCUCCGAACUGUCGCCGGUCAAUGGUUCAACUCCGAGAGGGGAGGCAAUCGGAUCGCGACCAGCAUCUAUGAUCUUCUCCCGCAACCCGCCACUCGCGACCCAAACAGAGGAUACCCCACCGGAGUUAUCGCCGAUCUUCACCUAUCUCAAUAUCCACACCAACAAGGUCUAUCAAGAAGGCUACUUCCUUAAGUUGAAUGACCAGGAUAACCAUGGACGACCAUCCCUUGAUCGCCAGUGGAUGGAGUGUUAUGCGCAGCUCGUCGGUACUGUUCUUUCCCUCUGGGAAGCUUCUGCGCUGGACGCGGCAGACGGUGCCGAUGUCCCUGCGACCUUCAUUAAUUUAGCCGAUGCGUCGAUCAAAAUGAUCGAAACAUUGCCCAUCCGAAACGGAGCGGUUCAGCCGUUGAAAAACGUUCUCAGUCUCUCCUCUGCAGGAAAAAACCGCUACUUGCUACAUUUCAACUCUUUCCAUUCCAUGACCCAAUGGACCGCCGCUAUUCGUCUUGCUAUGUACGAGCACACCUCGCUUUAUGAAGCUUACACAGGAUCUCUCAUUGCUGCCAAAGGCAAAACGCUGCCUGGAAUCCAGAGUAUUCUGGCUCCAUCCAAGUUUCGCCAUGAAGAUUGGACUCGCGUCAGAUUCGGUGCAGGAACACCUUGGAGGCGAUGCUGGUUUGUUAUCAACCCACCCGACGAAAAGGAGAUCCAAAAGGCUCGCAAGGCGAUGAAGAAAUCCGCCUACGAUCGACUUUCAAUUCCCAUAACCGGCAGCAUCAGCUUCUACGAGACGAAGAAGACCAAAAAGGUCACACCGAUAGCGACAGUCACUCACGUAUACUCGGCGUAUGCAAUUUACCCCCAAUCCAAGGCUCUGAUCGAACAAUCCACUUUGGUGAAGAUGGAAGGCUUGGUGACUCUACAUGCAGAGCGCCAAACUGCGGAGGGAAUGGUCUUUGUCAUGCCCGAGCUGCAUGCCGCGGUGUCUGGGCUCGAAAUGAUGCUCCGGUUCCUCUUCCCGACAUUUGACACAUUUAAUCUCUAUGGACGUCCAACUCGCCUCGUGGCCGACACGAACCAUAUCAAGAGCAUCAUGUUCGCAUUCCCCAAAGAACGUCGGUACGGUUAUUUGGAUGUUCUGGAUAUCGUGAAUCUCCUGCAAAUUCCAGGAAGCUUGAGUUGGAAUGAAGCCCAGUGGAGGAGACAGCUGAAGGAAGCAACUCAAAGUCGAAUGUCUACGGGCAGAAGCAGAACCAACAGCGUCAAUAGCACCCGCCCUCGUUACCGUGCCAGCAUUUCCGCUCGGACUAGUGAUACGCCAACCGACUCAUCUCGCCGCCCCUUUCAAUCUCCUGAAUCCAAGCCCGAAUUCAACCAUUCAACAGAUGCCGUCAUUCAAAACCCUUCCAAGAUCGGUGAGCCCACGGGAUACCAUUCGCGUGGAAUGUCGGAUAUUACUGGGUUCCAAACCGAGCGGAGGCCCGGUCAUGAUUCCAUGGUGGAUAGUUCCCCCGACUCGUCUGCCCAAGACCUAGUGCAGCGCGACAGAGCCCAGGCUCUUGCAGGGCCUAUUACGGAGCAUACUGGUUUCGAAGGCGAAAGGCAUCCUGAGGAGGCAAGGCACGCGAAUCGGUUCGCGGAGCGUGCGCCACGCACGCCACCAUCUCCUGUCACCACCCCACCGGACUUUUCUCAUGGCCCAAGAUCCAUGCCUACGAACCGCCCGGAGGCAACAUACGCGCAGACCCGAGAGAACAACAGAAUGUCUUACGCUACUCUUUCUCAGUUGACCUCCGUUGGGGCGAUGUCAACUGUGGGAGGAGUUGCCGCGGCGCUUCGUAACCAAGACUCGGAUUCCAGUAUUGGCACCAGACGGCAAGCCCAGGCCACCAGUCAUCCGCUCCCUGAACCGCCUUUCCAAUCUGAAAGCACUCGUCUUGCACACUACUCUAGUGAUGAAGGCCUUGGUCUCGCGCUUCCAGUUCGUCAGGCCCAGGUUGCAGAACAGCCCCGGCAUAUGGAGCAACGACCGGCGACAGCUAGCUCUGACAGUACAUCAUCACCUCAGCAUAAUCCGCAGAUUGAUGCAGCUAAGUCAGUAAGGCGCAAGCCCCUCCCGCAGCGGCAAGUAUUUGGUGCGCCACGCUCUUCUCAGGAUCCAGGAGAGCCAAGCUUUGAUGACCUUCGUCAUACAUUAGACGAAGAUGCAUUGAAUCGAAUUGCACCUCACCUUCCCUCGCCAGUCUCUCCGACCUUUACCCAGGAGGAAAGUGUGUACGAUGACGCAUCCGCCAUUUCACCUGAUUACGCAAGUACCCAUGAUUCUGUUUAUAGUAAGAAGUCAGUGAAGUCGACCAAGCCCCGAAUGGGUGUCAUGAAGACCGUGGGGCAGCCCACUAAGCAAGAUCUUGUCAUCGGAGAUGCUCACUACACGCCCGACAAGCCUUCAGAGCCCAACUUUGAUAUCCCAACAGUGGAUUUCGGGCCAACAAUGACUUAUAUGCCUACGACCGGACGACCCAACACUGGCGACACUCUGAGAAAAGCUUCCAACCAGACAGAUGCCGAGCGAUACCGAAUUAAUGUUCCCACUAAUCCAAUGGGGCAUGAGCGGUCUCCCAGCCAGGAAGAUCACCGCCGACGAAGUGUCCUAUGGCAGCCCGGAAUGGCAUCUGGCCGGCCUACAACUCCCGGUGGGGGCCUUACACCCGAGCACAGUAACACACCGCCGCUACAGCGGCCCGUCUCUGGAGAUUGGACCCAACAAGCUCGGCCCAACUCGCGUAUGACAUCUUACCAGGACCCCAACUACCGUCCCUCCUCGCGCGCAAUAACCAAAAGGCUCAACCAUCUGCCGGUGGGGGUCUCAGUUUCGUCGAUUGAUGCUCGUGAGCGCGAGAAGCGUGCCAUGAAGGAGGGCUUGUCAAAUCACAUGGUUCAGCAUGCGAUCGCCCACCGCAACCAGCACAUGAUGCAGCAGCCACCUCAGCAGCAGCAGCAGCAGCAGCAGCAGCAAUUUACGCCUCAGCAAUAUGCGUCCCAGUACGCGGGGUCUCUCUAUCACCCUCAGGCCCAAGCCCCUGUCCGCCAGGGGGGCGAACCCCGCCGCCAGUCUUGGUACGGACAGCUCAGCCACGCGCCGCCGACACCACCUAGCUAUCAACAGAGCCAGAACUACGUUCAGCAGGGAGGCAACUACUACAGCGGGGUCAACACCAUGCAUCAUUAA